CGUUCGACGACGCCAGGUAGACCCUAACGCUACGUGGCCCUCGGAGUCAUGCAGGCCACAAGAAGAAACUAUUUACUAAGCAAAUUCAAAUGAAUCCGUGAAACACGUAUCAAAAAGAGCAUUCUUGAACAAGUUGUCAUGGAAAUGUCUCCUAUUUUGUUAUUGAUCGGGAUUGUCGUCUCCCUGGUUCAUGGCCUUCGAGAAGAGAUCACCCACGAGAUCAUUUCAAACCCUGAGUAUUGUCCGUACACAGCCGAAAUCGGAGACACGGUGAAAAUAGAAAUCAAGUCUGCUCGUUUGGACGAUCCGGAGACCGGCGAGAUUUUUGACAAAUCUCUCUUGAAACAUCCGAGAACCUUUGUAUUGGGAAGCACAAAUGUUAUUCCUGGAUUGGGUUUACAAGGCCUAACAAGAAUGUGUGUGGACGAGAUAAGAAGGGUCAAAAUCCCGAAUACGGAUCGAUACUUCAAAGACCGAACCUCCCAAAUUGCCGUGGGUGACAAGGCCAAGUAUGUGUUUUACACCGUGGAACUCCUGGAGUUGUCUAAAGGUCCCUCCCUUAAGGAUCUGAACCCUGGACUCAGCUUUGGAGGUGGAGAGCUUUGAAAUUGGACACUCUUUUAUUGAACAUCAAAUUCGUCAUCAAAAAGGGUUAUGAAAUAAAUAUGAAUCGCGUACUGACGGAGCAUACAUAUAUGUAUAUAUACACAUGUUUAUCUAUUAUAAUAAUCUAUGGAUACCACCUAUGUGAACUAC